UACGAAACGAAGCCAUAAAUGCUCUCAUUAAUGGCUGGGGCUGUGGGGACUUGGAAAUGGCUGCUCUUUGGCUCCUCAGCUUUGGAAAAACCGUGCUGUAUUUGGAAAGUGUGCGUUAAACACAGACAGUCAAGGAAUUCAACCCCAUCUUGGAUCUCAAUCUCAAAUCAGGUGCUUGUUUCCCGGAAAAAAAAGAUAUACAUGCUCAUGCGGUAGUGAAGAGGCUUUGCUGCGUUCAUUUUCUUCAGACUGAUUUAGAAGGUAUGUAUAAAAACCAGCUGCAAGAACUGGCACAGAGGAGCUGUUUUAAUCUCCCUUCUUAUGCAUGUAUCAGAGAAGGGCCUGAUCAUGCUCCUAGAUUCAAGGCCUCCGUCAAUUUCAAUGGUGAAAUCUUUGAAGGACCCAGCUAUUGCACGACACUAAGACAGGCAGAACAUGCAGCAGCCGAAGUAGCGCUCAACACUCUCUACACAAGAGGUCCUUCAAGGUCUCUAACUGCCAAAGUUCUCGAUGAGACUGGAGUGUACAAGAACCUGCUGCAAGAAACUGCUCAUAGAGCUGGUCUGAACCUCCCUGUAUACACCACCGUGAGGUCAGGACCUAGCCAUAUACCUGUUUUCACUUGCACUGUAGAGCUUGCCGGUAUGAAUUUCGUUGGUGAACCAGCAAAAACCAAGAAACAAGCUGAGAAAAAUGCCGCCAUGGCUGCCUGGUCUGCUUUGAAACAAAUGCCAAGUUUUGGUUUUCCAUCUCGAACAAACAAAGAUGAUGAAAGCAAUACUGAAAACAAUGAAGAACAGGAACAGGCAGCAGUGGCAAAGGUUCUCUCAAAUUUCAGGCCUAAAGAUGGAAAAAGAUCCGAAAAACAGAGGGUGACUAAGCAGGCAGGCAGAAGAGAGCUCUUGAUUCACAGGGAUAACGUUUCUACUUCUUCCCCCCAAAACUUAUUGCAUCAUCAGGAAUGGACGUCUAUGGAUCCGGUGCCUGAUUUCUCCUUGAAUUAUACAGCCCAGCAACAGAAACAGCAAAAGAACUGCUUCUUGGCUCGUCUUCCCCAAUCUAUUCCUCUCGCAUCUUCCAAGCUCCUACCGCCAACUCCAACCAGAGAAAACCAUCUCAAUUUCUACCCACCGAACAAACCUAUCCCAGUACAAGUUAGCAACAGAUCACAGGUCAAUAGACAAGAGUUCCCACCUUCAUUGGAAGAGCAUGAAAAGGACGAAGAAGAGUGUCUUAAUGGAAAACCAGAUGCCAGUGAGAAACCCAUGGAAAAGGAACCCAACAAUUCAAACAAGGGUUGUACCUUGGGGCCAAAACUCAGUUAUCAACAGAGAUUUCCACUCCCUAAAACGGGAAAGCUCAACAUUUCGAUGCCUGAUCACUGUCCGAAACAAGCACAGAUCACAACCAGGCAUUUCAGACCUCUUUCUUCUCCAAUGGAGGCAGCCGACGUAGCAAACAUGGUCCCAGCAGCGGUCCUUCUCCCAAGAAUUUUGAACACAAGCAGGUUCUAUGUACAGAGCAUUGCCCCAGCAGUUCACAUUCGAUCAGUGAUUCCAGUUUGUGCAGCCCCACCCGUGAAGCCGCCAUCAUCAACUCCUCUAACAUCCCAGAUGAAAGAAGUGUCGUCAAAAUCCUCGCCCUCAGUCUCAAUACAAACAGAGGAAGAAGCCACAUCAGCCAGCUCAAAAUUGAACAAUCUACAGUAGGGAAAAAACAGAGCAAAAAGAACAAUAUACUAAUCCAAUCCAUAUUAUCCCAUGAAGCUGGUUUUCCUUGGUGUCUUUCCGCAAAACUUUUCGUAUCUUUUGUUCUGAAGCCAUGAUUUUGUCUCAUUUGUCUAGUGAAAGUUGUAUCCGUGGUUAAAGAUUUUUCUUUCUUGUACGCUUCACUGUUUUACUAAUCUCGGGAAGAAGUUACUAUGACGAGAACUGAGAAGAGAACAGGGGGGAAUGCAGAAUGCUCCUACUAUUGAUGAUAGAUGAGUAAAAAAAGGAAGACAUUAAUUGACAGCUGAAGAGAGGUUGCAGAGAUAAGUGGGGGAAAGAAAAAGGAGGGUGUGGGCAGAUGGGGUAGCAUUGAAUGCGGGUUCAAGAGAAACAAAUACAGUGAUGAACGCAAGCGUUGAGUUGUGGUCAGAAAAUUAAUGGUUCUGUCUUCCCCAUUAAUGCUACAUUGAGUGGACGUAGAAUCAAGAAAAGAGAGCAGUGGUUUGUCAACAUUUUUCUUCUUGCACUGUAACUCCAUUAUAUGUUAACCAACUUGUUUAUCAAUUAUCACUGAGCCCCCCCACCUCCCAAGGGGGGAGAGAGAGAGAGAGAGGUUGUCUUUCUCACUGUUUGACUGAGGUUGGGGCUGGCUUCUCAAAUGUUUCAAAAUGAGAAUUAGCCAUAGCCGUCAUUGUGUUGAAUUUAUCUGUUCUAGGCGCCAAGAGAGAGAGAGAGAGGCUCUGUGUGUUUGGAUAGGUUGGGGCCGGUGGGGUAUGGGUAAUCCGUUGUUGCAAUUCCCUUACUAUGGUGUAGUCCAGUGCAGUACUCGAGUCGUUUUAUUUCCAUCUUCUUCACGGGGAAGUUAAUAAUGAAAAUGAGAAUUCCCUCUC